CUUUGCCCAAGACAUCUCUAUAAAUAAGCUGCUGGAAGAGCUGAGCCCUCCUCAGACAGGACCAGCCAUGGAGCAAAAAGAGGACAAGGUGGAAUCAGUAGUGGGUGUCAUCUUCUCCAAAAACCGUCAGGAAUGUCCUGAGCCAAUCAAAGCAGAGGUGCAAGGAUCCAUACCAAAGUGGCUGCAGGGAACUCUGAUUCGGAAUGGUCCUGGAAUACACUCUGUCGGGGAAAUGUCAUAUAACCACUGGUUUGAUGGCCUCUCCCUAUUGCACAGCUUCACUUUUAAAAAUGGCGAAGUGCACUACAGAAGUAAAUUCCUUCGCAGCGACACCUAUAACUGCAACAUGGAAGCGAACCGGAUAGUGGUGUCAGAAUUUGGCACAAUGGCUUACCCAGACCCCUGCAAAAAUAUCUUCGCCAAGGCCUUCACUUACUUGUCACAUGUCGUACCUGAGUUCACUGAUAAUUGCCUAAUCAACAUCAUAAGGUUUGGAGAUGAUUAUUAUGCUUCCUCUGAAACCAACUUUAUCAGAAAGAUUGAUCCUCAGUCACUGGACACACUGGAAAAGGUGGAUUAUUUGAAACACGUGACAGUCAAUUUAGCAACUUCUCACCCCCACUAUGACAAUGAAGGGAACACUUUAAACAUGGGAACGUCUAUUGGUGACAAAGGGAAAACAAAGUACAUUAUUUUUAAAGUUCCAUCCAAAGUACCAGAUAAAGAUAAGAAGAAGUCGCCCUUGAAGAGUGCUGAGGUUCUCUGCUCCAUUCCUGCGCAUCGCCUUUUGAGCCCCAGUUACUAUCACAGCUUUGGAAUGACAGAAAAUUAUGUCAUCCUAAUAGAACAGCCUUUAAAGCUGGAGAUUGUAAAGCUGGCGACUGCGUACUUCCGAGGAGUCAACUGGGCUUCAUGCAUCACCUUCUAUAAUGAUGAAAAGACCUGGUUUCACAUCAUCGAUAAAAGGACCAAAAAGCCUGUUGGAGAAAAGUUUUACAGCGAUGCUUUGGUGUUUUACCAUCACGUCAAUGCUUAUGAAGAAGACGGCCAUGUGGUGUUUGAUAUUAUCGCAUACAAGGACAAUAGUUUGUAUGAAAUGUUUUAUAUGGCCAAUUUACGGAAGGAACUCAGUGAGGAUGCUGCAUUAACCUCAGUACCAUCCUGCAAACGAUUUGUGGUCCCCAUACACCAUGACAAGAAAGCAGACGUGGGAGUAAACCUGGUAAAGAUUCCUACGACAACAGCAACAGCGGUGAAAGACAAAGACGGCCAGAUAUACUGCCACCCAGAGAUUUUAUGUGAAGGCAUUGAAUUACCUAGAAUUAACUAUGACUACAAUGGCAAGAAGUACAGAUAUGUUUACGCCUCACAUGUCGAAUGGCGCCCAAUUCCCACCAAGAUAGUGAAAUUUGAUACAGUGACAAAGCAAAUGUUAUCGUGGUCCGAUGAAAUGUGCUGGCCUGCAGAGCCUUUGUUUGUCCCAGACCCGGAUGGCAAGGACGAAGAUGAUGGUAUUAUAUUAUCCUCUAUCGUAUCUACUAACCCCAAGAAAUCUUCUUUCUUACUCGUUUUGGAUGCCAAGACCUUCAAGGAACUUGGACGCGCCAGCGUCAAUGCAAGUGUUCAUCUGGACCUGCAUGGGCUCUUUAUUCCAGACAAUAAUAACUAAACGAUAAUCUGAAGAGUUGGACCACGUACAGGAGCCUGGUUUAAAACGUCACAAACUUUCAUGGGUCAUAGAGGACAGUGUACUUCAAGAGGUCUCUAACCUGUCACUCCGCUGGCGCAGGCUGUCCUGCUUGGGGUUGUGGCUUUGUGACAGCUGGACACCUAUUCUGUAGACUGUUUAGGUAAAACUAGAAUGGUUCCCCAUAUCUUAUGAAUAACUUAUCUUGUCAAAUACCUUCUGUGGGGCUAGAAAUUAGCUUGUCCUUCCCUUCUACAAGCUUUUUCAGGCAUCAAAGAGAACUCAGAAGGGUCACAUCACAUACUUCCCUCCAACCCUGAUAUAUGUUAGAUAAAUGUCAACCAAACCCAGGGGUGCACCACCAAUGAGGCCAGGUAAGGCGAUCGCCUCAGGCAGCACCAGGUAGGAGCAAGAGAGUGGCAGCCGAAGGGAAAGGAUUAGGUAAAGAAAUUGGCAUUGGGGAGGGAGGGGUGUCAUUUCAGUUUUUGCCUCAGGCACCAGAAAGGCUAGGUGCGCCCCUGACCAAACCCACCGAUUUUGGUCGGACUGGCCGACCAUCUAAUGUGCCCCUGAUGGCAGAUGUUGAAGGAAAGAAGGGUCGGCAGUGGCAUGUCGCAUCGUGUUUUCUCAGUGGAGAUUAACCGCUGCCAGAGAAGUCUGGCAACUACUCAUUUUCCUAUCCCCAUUGGGCACACAUGCAU